AUGCCGAGGAUUUGGAUUCUUGUUCUUCUCGUCGUCGAUUGCGCCGCCCGUGGUCGCUACGAGUUCAUCGAGGACGCCGAUUUACCUGCUUUUUACUCGUUUGUCUACCUUUUCUAGUCUUGCUUAGUAGCGUCAGAGUGGCCCCUUAAGGGGCAAAUAUUGAAGGUUACCCUCCUGUUCCUUUAGCAUGAGCAAUACGAUGAAAUGGAGCAUUCUAGUGGUCCUUAUACGUCAUUUGAACUGUAACAUCCGAAUAAAAAGGACCCUACAGGGACUACUUAAGCGGCUUAGGGAUCAGAUCCUGAACCCCUAUAGGGACCAUUUAAACUCUUCAGGGAGCACUGUUUGUCUUCUAGAGGUGCUGUCCUUUUCCCUGAACCCUCUAGGGACCACCGGAGUGUUAACAGUCCCCCUCUGCACCUAUAAAUCCAUGGUCGCAUUUGGAAUGGCUAAAAAGCCGCGACCGACCGACAACGACUUGCGCGUUGAGGCAUCGGAAAGCUUUAGCCUGAACGCUGUUAAAACUGUCUGACCUGUCUGUGCCCUCUUUUCUCUAAGUAGGACUUUUCCAAAAGGUCCACGAAACAUGUUACGGCUGCAUUUUAAAAAAUAGGCACUCCCAUGACCAAAAAUUGCUUCAGAAUGCGGUCAGCCCAGCUCGCCCAGAAAGCUCAAACUCCACAAGUGAUGGACUAUUCCCAGUACCUCCAAUACCAGUAUUAUCAACCUCAAAUGCUCGCACAGUCACCUCAGGCUCAGGUUUGCUUUGAAAAGCAUUUUUUUUAUUUUUGGCGAUUCGCCUUCCUAUAGUCGGUUCACGGCUAACUUGGGAGGGGGCGUGGCUUGUCUGCGCUCUCCACCAACCAGGUACUGUCUCUUUUAUUAUCGUGUCAGAACCCUUUUUCCUUCUUCAAGCCAACCGUAAAGCCUCUAUGCGCUGAAUUUUGCCUUGCUCAUACUUCCCGAGAAGCUAUGCGCCUUUAAUAAGAUGAUUAUAGCUUAAGACGCUAAGGGGGCGUGGCCUGUCUGCGCUCUCCACCAACCAGGCACUAUCUUUUUUUUUAUCGUGUCAGGACCCUUUUUCAUUCUUCAAGCCAACCGUAAUGGCUCUAUGCGCUGAAUUUUGCCUUGUUUAUACUUCCUGAGAAGCUAUGCGCCUUUAAUAAUACUAUUAUAUUCUGCUGUGCUCCUUUAAUAAGAGAUUUUCAAGAGACUGAAAUCGAACUAUUCGAAGAAAAAUUCAAAAAUAUAAGGUGACAGUAUUCUGUUCAAAAUUCCUUGUUCAAGAGGUCAAAGAAGCCAUAAAAGGUCUCGAGACGAAAUUUUCAGGUCACUGCGCCUUUAAAGUCUCUGAGAAGGAAUUUCGAAUCUUCAGAUUUUUCCAAAGGCUUCAAAGACACCUAACGCUUCAUUUAGAGAAAAAAUUGAAUAAACCGUCAUUCACACCAUCUCUGACUUGUCUGCGCCCUCCUAAUCUCUCGGAAAAGCAUUUCAAAGUGAGAAUGAACGUAAUUUCCAGGCAGGAGCGAUCAACUUCAAUCCCUACGUACCCUACCCUGGAGCCGUCCUGCGACCUGGUGAGCUUACUACCGUAAUCCCAGCUAUCCUACAGUAUCUAGAAAUUUCAGUCGUCCCGCCUACCGUACUCCAAAUCCCUCAAAGACCCGUCGCUUUCCAACAAGCCCCGAUCUACAUGCCCCAGUUCGUUCAGGCCCAACCGACCAUGGUUUCCGGCAACUCGCCGCAAAAAAAGAAGACUUGA